UGAAAACAAUAAGCUUUUGUUUUAGAAAGAUGAAUAUGAAGCUCUCUUCUUCCUUCUUCAUUCUCCUUUUCUUUUAUCCUUUUCUGGUCUCCUGCGAAGAUCAUGUUGAGAAAGCUGAGUUCAGCUAUGUGGAAGGUAGCAGCAAUGGACCAAAAUUUUGGGGCAGGGUCCGCCCUGAAUGGGUGGCAUGCUCCAAUGGCACCACGCAAUCACCCAUUGAUAUCAUUCAUGCAAAUGCCAUAUACGACCCCAACUUAAAGAGCCUAAAGGCUCGAUAUGAGCCUGCACAUGCCACACUUGCAAACUCUGGCCAUGACAUUGGGUUGGAAUGGGAGAAAGGGAGUGCUGGUGCGAUACACAUCAAUGGAACCCAAUUCUUACUUGAGGAGUUUCACUGGCAUUCUCCAUCUGAACAUACUUUAGAUGGUUACAGAUAUGACUUGGAGAUGCAUAUGGUCCAUCGCAGCGCAGAUGGACGAAUUGCCGUAGUUGCAGUGAUCUAUAAAGUUGGGCUGCAAGAUCAUUUCCUAUUGAAGGUGAUGGAUGAGAUUGACGAUAUCAAUGAUGAAAAGGGAUCUGAAGAAAAAGUUGGAUUAGUGAACCCGGAUCAUGCAAUAGAUUUGGAGAGAGAAUCAUACUAUAGAUACUUUGGUUCCCUCACCACUCCUUCCUGCGAUGAGGGAGUCACUUGGACUGUCAUAAAAGAGGUGAAGACUGUAUCAAAGGCGCAGCUGCGAAUGCUAAGGGCCGCUGUUGAAGAAGAAUUUGAGAAGAAUGCAAGGCCUAUACAACCCCUGAACCAGAGACAAGUAUACCUCUUCAAGAAUGAGUCAUAGAAUGUGACACAAAUAUUAUGUAUUGUUUUCUUUUAUUUCGAUGUGUUUUCAAAUUUUUUUUUCUGAUGUAAUUUUUUUUGAUUAAUAAAUUCAAUAACAUUUGUCAAAAAA